ACUUUUAGUGUCAGGAGCUCAUUUUAGGUCUAAAAGUAAAAAUUAAAAAAACUCAGCAUUCAACUUAUCAAUUCCUUACCACAGCUUGUUAAGCCUUAGUCAAAAAUAUGCCCCAACCUGUCGCUUCCAAGGCUCGUGUCAUAAAAAUUCUGAAUCGAAUUGGAGCCCGAGGCAUUCUAACCGAAGUCCGUGUGCAGCUGGUCGAUCAACCCAAGAUGCAAUUCAUGCGCACAGUCAAGGGACCUGUGCGCCUGGGAGAUAUCGUGGAUUUCGAGGACACCGAGUUGACCUGGCAAUCUUCGAGCAGGAGCAACAGCAACUUUGAAGGUAUAUGCUAAUCGGUGAUUGCUGAGUACCGUUUAAAUAAAAUGGAGAAAAAAGACCAUAUAGUAAAAAAACU